UUCAGAAAGUGAUCAACAAUAUAGGAACGGAAAAGCGUUCAAGUAAUGGUGUAACAGCGAUUUGAACAUGGUGCAGUUAAUUAAACGAAAUUUGGCUUUAACAGCCGCUCUGGUUGGAGUUUUGGAACUAUUGAGUGCGUUAGGAUGCUUAAUAACAACGCUGCUGCUCGGAAAUGUUACUAACACCGACUUACAAGCAGGACAGUUAUAUGCGAAAUAUUACGACUCUUCAUCUCCAACUCGCAGAUUUGGAGAGAAUGGCGGGACGUAUUGGUGGAUUGGUUUGCCGUUUCUUCUUCCUGGCUUGAUUGGCAUUGCUGCAUCUGCUACAAGGAGUUUCAGAGUGAUGAUUGCAUUUAUGGUUUCAAAUGUCUUGUCAUUCUUCGCUGGUAUUGCAUUGGCCAUCUUUGUUGGCCUCUUUUAUAACCUUUGGAAAGUCCCAAUGACUGCAUAUGAGGCUAAUAACUGCGUCUUUGAAUAUCACGAGCCGACUUCUAGAACUUUUUGUCAAUGUGUAAUCAGCGACAAGACUCAUAUUGAGUUAAUGGAUGCUGACAGAAUGUGGGUUUAUGUUCAAGCUUGUGACGAGGUGGAAAUCAUUGCGAUGAUGCUGAUUAUCAUCAUAACAAUGGCAAUUCUGUCAUCAUUUUUGGCCCUUUGUUGCAGCUAUAUUGCUUGCUAUGCCCUGCGAUUCCCAGAAAAACCUAAAGCCCAACCAAAAACUGGAUUCAACCCUCUUCCGGCUAAUUUCCAACUUCAAGAAACACGAGCUGAAGAACGCCCAAUGUUAAGAGAACAACCUCGCCAAGAUGCACCCUUGCAACCAAGAAAAGAUUUUGAUAUAGAGCCACCACGACCAUACAAGGAACAAUAUGGCUCCCAGUAUCCACCACCUUAUCAACAUGACUCGGAGCCAGAAAUGAAACGUCCGCCAUCCCCAGAUGAAAAGGAAGACAUUGAUGCUGGGUGGUUGUAAGUCAAUCAGCGCUGUCUAGAAAGCAUCCAUCAGAAAUACACAUUGUCACACAUGUCUUGUUUCACUUGCAGUUCAUGGGGUUGGAGUUUAGGGUAUAGAUGGAACUUAAAAAACAUCCUGUACAGGGACAUUAUUUUGCAGUAUUUAAUUAAUAGGAACUUGAGGUAAUUAGUUUUAGUAAUUUCAUGUUUUACAGUGUCAAGUUUGUUGUAACUAUGCACAGUUAUUGAUAAUUUUGCAAAGAUGAGCUGAUGAGUUCAGGGGAUUUCAUCCUGUAUUUUCUUAGUGUUUUAAGAAGCAGAAGUACCAUAAUUGCACUGAUUAUUUUAUCCAGUAUAUAACAGCAACAAAAGUACCAGGUGCACAUGUAAUGAUAAUAUUAACAGCGCCAAAGGGGUUUAGCAUCCCCCUCUUUCAGUCAGGUCCUUAUGAAUUCUGAUAACCACAUAAUUAUUUUAAUUUGUUUGCCCCCCCCCCCCCCCACCCCCCAACACUGACAUUCAACAUUGCUAGAGAAGAAGGGAUGACUGCCCCAAAAGCAAAGUUGCUUUUUGCCAAUCCAAAUGUGUGAAGUUGAUACUUAAGUGUACAAAGAAUUCUGAUCCCAGCAGCAGUAUUGCGGGUUCUCCCUCUGUUAUUGGCUAAUAUGAGCAACGAGGUUAGAACCAUCAAACAUCAUUUCUGAUUGACUACAGUCACGAAUCAUUCAUUGAAACCAACUCAUAAUGAUAUUUUUUCUUUAGUGAAAGCAGAAUUUAGUACACUGGCAGACACCCUGCCUUUAAUACACCUUAACAUUGUCUUGAGGGUCUUUUAAUGGCUCCUUCCCUUUAAAAAUCCCCUUUCGUAAACAUAGGUACUUCUGUAAACUAAAUACAGUCAUAUUGUAACUACAGGGCCCACGCCACGAAGUUAAACAUUGGGGGCAAGGCUAACAAAAGUGGGGGGUGGUCAAGGCUUUUAUUGCAUUCUUGAAAUCAUUUGCUUCCGAAAUAAUUGGAGGCCCCAGCCCCCCCCCCCGCCCCCCUCAGCUGGCGUGAGCCUUGAACUGGUUAUGUGUUGUUGUUUUUCUUUGUUUGAAGAUAACCGAUUGAGCUCGCGCUGAUGCAACAAAACUAAAUACUGUCGAAUAGUAACUGGCUAAAGUUUAUUUACACUGAAAAUAGUUCUGUAUCGUGCUAUUUAAUAAUCUUCGUUAUUUUUGUUGAUUAAUUUCAGGAUCAAAUUUUCUUGAUUGAAAUUUUCAUUUAGAUUUUACGUUUUUCCUGUGUUUAUGCAUACUUUAUUAACGCAGUAAGACCGGUGUAUUGCAGACCGUUGAUUUUCCGGGGGUUGUCCAAGGUCCGAAUUCGAAAUAUUGAUAAGAAAUGUCAUUCGCACAACCUGUAUUUCCAGAUAUUAGACAGUAUAAUCCCGAAAACUCGAACUUCCCUCCUGGAAUAACCUUUAAUUAUCUUACCUGUUUUUGCAUACCCUUUAGAAGCUUCCCAAAUACCUCCGAACCCCUAAUGUCACCGGCACCGUGGAGGAGGGGGGCUGGGGGGCUUUAGACCCUCCACUUUUUGCAAAAAAUGACAAAUACUAAGUAAUAAACUACCAGUAAAGCCUCUUUUUAUACGGUUUAGCCCCCCCCCCCACCCACUGUUUUUAGACCCCCUCACUUUUCUCAACGCUCCUCGGUGCUUGUAAUGCCAUCAACUUUCCUUAACUCGAACAGUAUUGCAUACCCCUUGGAACCUUUCCUACAACACCCCCAAUUCCUAAAUAAGCAAAACUCCGUUACCUCAAGUUUUUAUAUCCUUCCCAUGGAGGUUCGAGAAAUCGGGCUUAUGCUAAAGUUUUCACAGUUUAUGACAAGUUGUAUUAUUUCAUAUCCUUGAAGUCAUAUUUAAUGGCAUUUGACAUCACCUGUUUCUUUUUAAAA